GUUAACAACUUUCCCGAUAAAAUUCUCUGGAUUGCUUUCUAUAUAAUGUUUAAGAAAGCACUUUGGUUUUGAUCAUCGGCCGCAGACUAUGCUGGUGAGAAAAUGACGUCGAAUUCUGGCGGACCAAGCGGAUUUCUAGCUAGAAAAGCAAGCGAAGCUCGCCGGAAAAGGCUGGACAUUGAACGGGCGAAGUCUUUCAUUUUGAUGAAUAGAUUGGAGCCGUUGAAUGAUCCGAAGUUCGGGACUGACGAUGAUUGUUCGGUGAAAAAGAGGCGGAUAGGUUUUACGGAAGUUACAUCGAGCGACCCACCGAAUGCUACUGGAAAAGACUCCAAAAUCGACCUCGGUGCCGGAAAGUUGAAUAAUGAACUGCCGAUGUCGGAUUCGGGGGAGUCGUCUUCUCAUUCUUCAGAGAGCGGUGGUGCGCCGGUGGAAAUAGUAGUUAGAGAAGGCGAAGUAUGCGUUGGGGAAGAGUCGGAGCCGGUGGGCUUGACGUGUUUAUCUUAUGGAUCGAUCUCUAUGUUAGGACGGAGGAGAGCGAUGGAGGACGCAGUGACGAUGGAGCGGGGGAUGGUCGCAGGGAAGUUCAUGUUCUUUGCCGUGUACGAUGGUCACGGUGGGUCUAGCGUCGCUAAUGCCUGCCGUGAUCGGUUACACCACCUGGUGACGAAGGAGAUAGAAGGAAGGACGUCGCCGGAGGGACGGACACCCGCCUGUGGUGGGGGGAUUGAGUGGGAGAAGGUGAUGAAGACUUGUUUUGCGAAGAUGGAUGAGGAAGUGAGUGAGAGAGCUGGUGGUGGGAAUGAAGUGGAGGUGAGAGAUGGCCCGUCAAUGUCGGUGACGAAACUGGGUUCGGUGGGUUCGACGGCGGUGGUGGUAAUUCUGGGGAAGGAGGAGCUGGUGGUGGCAAAUUGUGGGGAUUCCAGGGCGGUUCUCUGUCGUGGCGGGGUUGCUGUGCCUUUGACGAAUGAUCAUAAGCCUGACAGGCCAGACGAAAAGGAGAGAGUUGAAGCCGCAGGAGGAAGGGUCAUAGAAUGGAAUGGCUCCCGCGUCCUAGGAGUGCUUGCUACUUCAAGGUCAAUUGGAGAUUAUUAUCUAAAGCCUUACGUGAUCAGUGAGCCAGAGGUUACUAUGAGUAUGCGAACCGAGUUAGAUGAUUUCCUUAUAAUAGCGACAGAUGGUUUAUGGGACGUGGUGUCCAAUGCAGUGGCGUGCAAACUCGUAAGAAAGUGUUUUGAUGGCCAAUAUGGGAUGAAAUCCUCCGAUAGAAAUUGUGCUACGGACGCAGCAUCAAUGCUAGCCGGUUUGGCCAUGGCAAAAGGGGCCAAAGACAACAUCAGUGUCAUAGUAGUUGAGCUGAAGAAGUCAACUUGCACCGGCACUUGAUCAUGUUCACUUUGGUUUUUUUCUUUCUGUACUGUUUAGAGUUGAAGGUUUGAUGUGCAAAGAAGUUUUUAAGUUUUGUACUAACUUGGUGUCUGCCGUUAGCUUGCUGUAAUGUUUGAUUAAAGUUUAAUGUA